UGUUGAACUAUCAAUUAAUACUAACAUUGGAUCUUUACAAUCACCGAUCAAUAUCACACUAAUUAAGAUUGCAAUCAUGAUAUAUAAGAAAGAACGCCGAUGGGACCUGAAAAAAACAAUUUAUUUACCUCAACAAAUUCGGUAGAAAGUGCAAUAAUGAACUCGGCAGUACUAUUCGUGGCUGCCCUGGUGGCGGUGAGCUCUGCCUACCCGCAGACGGCCCCCGCCGCGUCCCCCGCGACCCUUCCCCACCCCGUCGUCGUCGCUGUCCCUAAGGAGGACGCUGCCAGGAACCCCAUCUCUGACCUGGUGGCCUCGCUGCUGGAGCGGGCCAGCGCCUACCUGAAGGAGCAGGGGCUGGACCCCUUCAUCUACGACAAGUUUGAGGCUGGCUACGCGCUGCCCGUGCCCAGUCUGUUCAACGUAAACCUGGACGUGUCGGACGUGCGUCUGUUCGGUCUCUCCAACAUCGUCAUCAACCGUCUCAGCUACGGCAUCCUGUCCCAGAGGCUCACCUUCGACUUCUCCAUCCCCGAGAUCGUUUUUGAACUUGGUGACUUGAACCUGGAUGUCGUUGUGCUCAGCCACCUCAUGCAAGGAAAGGCUAAUGGAAAGGUGACGAUCACGAACGUAGGCGUGGACGGCACGGUGCGCGUGACGCCGAGCAUCGUGUCCGGCAUCGCCAUCCGCGAGCUGCUCAUCUACUUCUACAUCGACGGACUCAACUCGGAGAUCGAUGAGCUGAACAUCCUGGGCGUGGAGAUCUCCUCGCAGGUCAACGACUUCGUCAACGACCCGCUGCUGGCCGCCAUCAUCGCUCACAACAAAGACAUCGGUGAGAUGAUUGCCAUCAUCGUUGAGAAACUCAUUGAAAGAUUUGCGUAAGCUCUCUUUGUUCAUGACUACUGCGCGAAAACAUACUGAAAUUGCAACAGUGCUUGAUCUUCUAUCUGUAUAAUUUAUUUUAAGUUAAGUGUCCACAUCAAUUUAACAAAUAAAAUAUUAAUUUCAAAACUGA